GAAGAGAAGGAGGAGGAGAGGGAUGCUGACAGAUUACUGAUAGAUGGUUGAAAUGGCGAAAGCGUGUUCGACCCCAGCGAGCCACCAAACAGUAGCCCCGUAGGUCCGAUCAUGUAGCAGGAUAUUUCUGAACCUCAUCAAUUAACUUCGCGUUGUGCAAGUGCUGGAUUAAUUGAGCUUUUUAAAUGGCAUCCAAAAGGCGCUGCCGCCUUGUUCCAUGCUUUUUGGGUAUCUUGCUAAAUGCGUGCAUAGGUGUGUUGUGUGAUGCAGAGCUCUCCUUUACCUUGGAGCCAAGUGACAUCAUCGCAGUGCAGGAACAGCCCCUUAUGCUUCAUUGCCAGGUGGACGGUACCCCCCCUAUUACCACACAAUGGAGGCACAACAGCAUGCUUUUAUCUCAGGACCAGUAUCACAUCACCUUCAAUAAUGGCUCUCUCCUCAUCGGACACUUUCUCAAGACCAAAUCUGACAACACAUCAGAUGAAGGGGACUAUGAGUGUAUAGCCCAGAACUCUUUUGGCCUGGUGGUGAGCCGUAAGGCGCGCAUCCAAGCAGCCACCAUGGCCAACUUCCAUGUCCAACCAGAGCCAGUGCAUGCUGAGGAGUCUGGUGUGGCCAGAUUCCAAUGCCAAAUCCAUGGUUUGCCAGAGCCUGUUAUCAGCUGGGAAAAAGAUGGACAACCUGUGGACACGAAGGACAAAAGGUACACUCUUCUACCUACGGGUGUUUUACAGAUUACAGGAUUGCGUGAGGAGGACAGUGGAAAUUUCUGCUGUGUGGCUCAUAACAGUGCAGGAGUGAAACACAGUACAGAGGCCCUCCUUUCUGUUUCAGGCUCCCAGUCAUCCGUUUACAAGGAACCGAUGAUCCUAGUCGGUCCGGAAAAUCUCACCCUCACUGUUCACCAGACCGCCAUUUUGGAGUGUGUUGCCACAGGAUACCCUCGCCCCAUUGUUUCGUGGAGCAGGCUAGAUGGACGCCCAAUCGGGGUGGAGGGAAUCCAAGUACUCGGCACUGGAAACUUGAUGAUUUCCGAUGUUGGCGUGCAGCACUCGGGAGUUUAUGUGUGUGCUGCUAACAAGCCAGGGACCCGUGUUCGAAGGACUGCUCAGGGACGUCUAGUGGUCCAAGCUCCUGCAGAGUUUAUUCAACCUCCCCAGUCUAUUUCUCGGCCUGUGGGAACGACUGCUAUCUUCACUUGCCAAGCCCAAGGUGAGCCCGAGCCCCAGUUGACCUGGCUGAAAAAUGGCCAGAUCCUAGAGCCUGGUGGCAACGUCAAACUCAGGAACAACAACAGCACACUGACGAUAUACAGCAUCAGUCAAGAGGACGAGGCCAUUUAUCAGUGCAUUGCUGAGAACAACGCCGGCUCCACCCAAGCCAGUGCUCGCCUUACAGUGCUCUGGGCUGAUGGUCUCCCUGGUGUGCCCACCAAUGUACAGGCCAAGGCCCUCUCACCCACCACCAUCCAGGUGUCUUGGAGGGAGCCUGAUCGAAACACACCGGACAUCAUCGGCUAUGUGCUUCACAUUCGCAGGACCCUGGACCCAGUGGAGAUGGAGUAUGAAGAGGCAGUCAGUAAGGUGACACUGCAGCAGAUCAUCCGAGAUCUUGAGCCUUCCACCAGUUACACCUUUUACGUCAAAGCCUAUACGUCAUACGGUGCCAGCAAACCAUCAGACCAUGCUACAGUGAGCACUUAUGGGGAAGUUCCAGCACCACCCUCCCUUUUCGCCAAAGUUGUGAACAGCAGUGUUGUGCAAGCAAUAUGGGAAGCUUCCACCAAGAUGGGUGAACAUCAAGGCUUCCGACUGUAUUACAGAAGAGCCCAUGCAGCAGUGUUCACUGGUCCCAUUUUCUUACCACGCAACGCUACCCGAUAUAACAUCACUCAGCUGGAUCCUUCUCUGGUUUAUGAGAUAAAUCUGCUGGCAUACAACCAACACGGAGAUGGCAAUGCCACCAUGCGCUUUGUUUCACUUCGAGAGGCAUUGGAGAAAUCUGUUCUAGAUGCGUCCUGUGACUGUGUGCAAGAUGAACACAGCAAAACAUCCACUACAGGCAUCGUAAUUGGCAUUCACAUUGGAGUCACCUGCAUCAUCUUCUGCGUUCUUUUCCUGGUUUUUAGCUACCGUGGAAGGUUGAUGAUGUGUAAGGCAGUUCAGGCCACCCCCCAGGCGGCACACAGCACAGCACUGGAAUCCGCUUCUUCCCGGGAGGGCUCUGGGCUGAAUAUACCCACUAGAAGAGAAAUGGAGGUCAAUUGUAGCACAGAAGGGAACAAAGUGGUUGACAGCAAUGAGCUGGAAAGAUUCUUCUCCCAACCCAACACACUAGACCCACGCAUGGCUGACGGGACCCUCAUGACCAACUCACCAAAUGAUACCCAACUGUCCACAAUACCAAUGGACGAAUUCACCGUGGAGCAGGGCACAGCGAUCCACUUACAAGAGUCACCUGCAACCCGAACAGCUCAACAGAACCAAGGCUAAUCAAUGUGUGAAGUGUCCACUCAGAUUCUCUCUCACUCAGGUUUUCCUUUCAGAAUAGUUUGCAUUUUGUGCAAAGAUUUAUAUCGGUAAGUUAAGAAGUUCUAGAGAGUCUAGGACUGGUUUUGGGGAAGUUGUUUUUGCUAGAUUUACCAGUUAAGUGUCAUUUGCGCUCACUGUCUGGUUGUUUAUUUUCUGGUGUUCGGCAGCACACAGAAGAGAGGCCCCAAAUGUCCUUGUUAUACAAAGAUGAUCAUUUUUGAGUUUAUAAAUAUACAUACAAUAUACUGUACUUACAUACGAAAAAUGUAUCUUGAUCAUCUCUAUGUCAAAGUGGUUAUAAGCUAUUGGUCUUAUUGCUACUUUUCUGUGGAUGUCAAAGAUGCCUGCUCAGACAUACCAACGAUUGCUGUUGCUGGAUUCUUGUUGCUCACAAAAGACCUAAGCCUUCUUCCAGGGUGUGAGUCGGUUCUGUCUCAGGACUUUGUUUUUUUUUCCGUUGUGAAUUCUGGGCCCUCAUACAGCCUACUGUAUUGGCUCGUGUGAACCUUUUAUUCAACAAAAACCUACCUCAGCCGGAAUGAAUGUGUUGUGGGAAGCAUUUACGGACUUUAUCUUCCCCUUGUGUUCACACUAACUUAACAUGCAGAGGAACUGAUGGGUCAGAAUUACAAGAUCAGGUGCCGCACUACCUCAGAUGUCAAGAGUUGUCUCUCCAUUUGUGCUUGUCAAAGCAGAAUGAAAAACGAGUAUCCAACAUAAAGCACUUCAAAAUGCUGAAGUUAAUGUUCUACCUCAAAUUAACAUUGUUAAUGUCACUGUUGUAGUUGAUCUUUGUAUGCUAAUUACAUUAUGAAAAUUUCUUAUUUCCUUUGUUUGAAGAAUUUGCUGUCUGUAUUUAC